AUGUUCCAGGAUCCCAGACAUUCCAACGGAUCUAACGUCCAGGUCUCUGAGUUCCUCCUGAUGGGGUUCCCAGGCAUUCAUGAGUGGCAGCACUGGCUCUCCCUGCCCCUGGCUCUGCUCUACCUCUUAGCUCUUGCUGCCAACAUCCUAGUCCUCCACACCAUCAAACAAGAGGCAGCACUGCACCAGCCUAUGUACUAUUUCCUGGGGGUCCUGGCUGUGGUAGACAUGGGCCUGGCCACCAACAUCACACCCAAGAUUCUGGCCAUCCUAUGGUUCAAUGCUAAAGUCAUCAGCCUCCCAGAGUGCUUUGCUCAGAUGUAUGUCAUACAUUGUUUUAUGUGCAUGGAGUCAGGUAUCUUCGUCUGCAUGGCUAUAGACAGAUAUGUAGCCAUUUGUCAACCACUACGCUAUCCGUCAGUAAUUACUGAAUCUUUUGUGGUCAAAGCAACUGUGUUCAUGGCACUCAGAAAUACCCUAACUACCAUCCCAGUGCCCGUGUUGGCUGCUCAGAGACACUACUGCUCACAGAACCAAAUUGAGCACUGUCUGUGCUCUACUUUUGCAGUCACUAGCCUAUCCUGUGAUGACAGGACAAUCAACAAGCUCUACCAGGUAAUUCUGGUCUGGACCCUCCUGGGAAGUGACCUGGGUGGGAUUAUUUUAUCCUAUGUUUCGAUACUCCAGUCUGUGCUGAAGCUGAACUCAGCAGAAGCUGCAUCCAAGGCCCUAAGUACCUGCACUUCCCACCUCAUCCUAAUCCUAUUGUUCUACACAGUCGUUGUUGUUAUUUCCAUCACCCAUUUUGUACCAAAAACUGUUCUUCUUAUCACAGUUCUACUCAAUGUAUUAGAAAACAUCAUCCCUCCUGCCCUCAACCCCAUGGUGUAUGCACUCAAAAACAAGGAGCUCAGACAGAGCUUACAUAAGGUUCUCAAGCUAAACAGCAAAGGCAACUAACACGGACAAGGGGCUCACUUUUGUAACUUUCAACAUAUUUAUUCAUCAUAUUUCCAAUCAUGACUACUGUCAGAAGAACUAAAGAAAAUGACACUGUGGCAGCUUUUCAGUUAGUAAAUAAAGAAUCUGUUAUGAAAACGAAAAUCCAAGAGAAAGUGGUGAAAUUAAAAGUUGUUAUCUUGCUUGUCAAGAAAGAUCCUCAUAAAAAAACAACACACAAUGGUGUGUGUUGUCUCAAGAUACCCAAAGACAGGCCGAAUGUGGAAAACACUCUGACAGUUAACACAAAAACCUGAACACAGUAACCAUAUAACCCAGCAAUUCAAUGUCUAAUCACAGCCCCUGAUAAUUAAAAAUAGAUGUUACAACUAAACCUUGUAUAUGAAUGUUUGUAGUAGUAUUCUUAGU